UCUUUACGGUAAUCCUGACAGGGGCUCUGGGUGUCAGCUGAUCCUCCUCUGCUGGCGAGCGAGAAGGAAAAAUCCUCUGAAGGAAAAUAGUGCUUGCUAGGUAGGUGAAACCAUGGCUGCAGAAAUUCAUUCGAGGCCCCAGACCGCUAGACCAGUCCUCCUGAACAAGAUCGAGGGACACUCGGACGCGGUUAACGCGGCCGUUUUAAUCCCGAAGGAGGAUGGAGUGAUCACGGUCAGCGAGGACAGGACCAUCCGAGUGUGGCUGAAAAGGGACAGUGGUCAGUACUGGCCAAGCAUCUACCACACAGUCUCCUCGCCUUGCUCUUGCAUGUCAUACCACCAUGACAGCAGACGCAUCUUCAUUGGUCAGGACAAUGGAGCAGUUGUGGAAUUUCUCAUCUCUGAAGAUUUCAACAAAAUGAACCACGUUAAAACAUACCCAGCCCACCAGAACCGUGUGUCGGGUAUGGUCUUCUCCUUGGAGAGCGAGUGGGUGGUGAGCACAGGCCAUGACAAGAGCGUCAGCUGGAUGUGCACCCAGAGCGGCAGCAUGCUGGGGAGACACUACUUCACCUCCUGGGCCUCCUGCCUACAAUACGAUCACGAGACGCAGCACGCCUUCAUCGGUGAUUACUCCGGACAGAUCACUUUGCUGAAAUUGGAGAAGCAGACGUACUCCACCAUCACGACUCUGAAAGGCCACGAAGGUAGUAUAGGAACCUUGUGGUGGGACCCUGUCCAGCGGCUGCUUUUUUCAGGGGCCUCAGACCACAGCAUCAUCAUGUGGGACAUCGGGGGCCGCAAAGGACGGACACUUCUCCUGCAGGGACAUCAUGAGCGUGUGCAGGCGCUGCGUUAUCUCCAGUUCACAAGGCAGCUGCUGUCGUGCUCAGCCGAUGGAGGCAUUGCAGUGUGGAACAUGGACACACAGAGAGAGGAGGCACCUCAGUGGUUAGACAGUGACUCCUGUCAGAAGUGUGAGCAGCCUUUCUUCUGGAACAUCAAGCAGAUGUGGGACACAAAGACCUUGGGACUCAGACAGCACCACUGCAGGAAGUGUGGGAAGGCUGUGUGUGGGAAAUGCAGCUCUAAACGCUCCACCUUCCCGAUCAUGGGCUUUGAGUUCCCGGUGCGAGUGUGCGACGCCUGCUUCGACACCAUCAAAGAAGAAGACCGAACACCACUGGCCACGUUCCACGAGGGGAAACACAACAUCGCCCACAUGGACAUGGACCCAUCCAGAGGCCUGAUGGUCACUUGUGGAAGCGACCGCAUUGUUAAGAUCUGGGACAUGACACAGGUGGUUGGCAGUAGCUUAGCAACAGGUUUUUCCCCUCGCUGAUUGGCCCAGCCCUCUACAUGGUACCCUCGCCUGGCUCCAGCCCUCCCCCACUCUCCCAGUGUCAUGGAAACCCCUCUGUACAGCCCACCUUGCCUUCGCGCCUGGGGUCCGCCGCUCCAGCCAGACCCGCUCUGGGUGAACGCGUGUGAGCCCCUCCACAUCUCUUCGUCUUCUUGUAACAUAUUUUGCUACCUGUCAGUCUGACUGAUUUAGACUGUUGCUCUGAUCUCAAACUGAACCCUAAGCACAAUGAAAGAUGUGUGUGUGUGUGUGUGUGUGUGUGUGUGUGUGUGUUUGUUUGUGUGCAUGUGUGUUCUGUUCUCUCCUGGGGGAGGAAUGGUAUUGCUAUUAGUGUUUACACUGAAUAUAUCCGAUGCUUUUUUUUUUUUUUUUUAUGUUUGCACCGUAACGCUAGUUCACCAUUGCCGACCUGCCAUAGCUGUAAAUAUGAGCUCCUGCUACCUGCUUAAUCCCAGGCUACUUUAAAGAAAUAUUCACCUGUAAAUUCUUCUCCUUUCUGCGUGUAGUGGAUGCUUAAAACGUUUUCUGAUUUCUUUUUCACUAGCUGGCCUUAAGUCACUAUCUCAGGAGCUUUUCCCAUCAGUAAGUCAUCACCGGUUGGGCUUGGAUGAUGUCAGUCGUAACGGUUCCUACACUUUAAUCUGAAGAAAGUUACUAAAAUGGCCUCCUGAUGGGGUGAGGAUCGUCUGUGAUGUAGUUGUCAGACGUUUGCUAGGCAGCAGCUAACCCACUCUCUACCUUUUGGGAGGUUGAUGAUUGGUUUCUGUAGUAACCAGCGAAGUCAGUAUAAGCAUCGGGUUGCAGGUCUGCGCUCAAGCUUGUGCGAUUACCUUCAGAGAUCAUGAUUUUUCAGUUUAGGAUGUAAAUUUUUCUCACAGGCGGAGGUGAAUUUGACAAACGGCACACUGAGGUUCUGGAUGAGUAGUCCAGACUAAAUGUAGCCCCAGCUGCUGAGAUGUUGACUUGUUCCUGGUCACAUCUGGAUUCCUGUAAAGGCCUUAAAAAUAAAGAAGACCCACUAAAAGCCUUCUGAGCAGUUCUUCAGCUCGUACGACUGUUCAUUUUCAUCAGCUCGUACGACUGUUCAUUUUCACCAUCCCUCCUCAGUUGUUCCCUCUUCACACACAUUUGUGCAUCAGAAAUGUCUCUUUGCACUGAAUUGCACAAGUCAAUCUUUGUUUUGUUUUUGUUUUGUUUUUUUUCCCCCAUUUGUACGUGUGGAUGCAGGAGUGCAGCUUUCCUGUGAAUAGCAGCUGGAAUCAUCUAAUCUUAGACUAAAGCUUGCCUUAUUUGUAAGUGGAAGACGAUGAGAAACAUUCUGCUGGAGUGGAUUCGUAUUCCAAUUUUUGGGAUCAUUAGUGUAUAUUUACAUUUGCAGUAAAAUAGAAUAUGUGUAAUCUCUGCAGGUUCUGUUUUCUGUGCCCAUAUGACAUCUUGAUUCCCGUGUUAAAACCGAUUCCUCCCUCACUUCCAAAGCGCAUCAUGCAGACUCGGUGUAAAGAUGAGCCACGUUAUCAAAUCCUGUCAGCUGUUUCAUGUGAACAUGGAUGGGAUGGUUUUGUUAAUAAAGUGACAGCAGAAACUUGAUCAGUGAAUGCUUAGGUGUUUUGUGUUAUUAUGAUUUAGUUAUCCUGACACUCCAGUGUUUUUUGUUUGUUUGAUUUGUUCUUUUACUUUUAUUUUUAAAAUGUUAAACUAGCAGAUCAUAUGUAUGCUUUUCAUCCCAUUGGUGGAUAUUGGGAGUUCAAGGUUGAGACAUGUCUUAAAACUAAUUUGCAUGAUGUAUUUAUUAUUGUAUCCACUGUUUGUAGUAAGGUGGCAGGUACCAAUUUUAAUGCGGUCUAAAAUUGAGAAGAUUAUUUUUUUUCUUCUUCUUUGAGCAUACUAAUGGACAAGUUUUCCCUCAAAGUUACAGUAGGUCGUAUCUUAUCUGCUGGGUUCUUCAUUUAAUAUAAAUCAGAUGGUCCCGGUUAAAGCUAAUAGUUUGUUCAAGAGUUCAUGACAUGAAACAUCUUGAAAUACUCAGAUCUCAAAAACACCAGUUUUGUUUUUGCGAAGGCUGCAUGCCAAACCUUUUUAAACCUUCAUAAUGUUUGCUUUGGGAGUUAUUCAUACAGAAACUGAUGAUCGGAUCAUCAUUAAAAGGUUCAUGGGGGUAGAAACCCCAAUGAUGUUCCUGUUUGAAACGUAUUCAGACAAGUAGUUGCAGUGUAUCUGACCAGAGUCGGUGACGGAUGAAAUAAAAUUCUGUAGCUAUAUGUUAUAUAUUCUUAUACAGAAGUGAAUUUUUGUAAACAUGACAUUCAGGAAAUUGGAGAUGUUUAGAGAUGGUAGAAGUCUGGUCCUUGUUCCUCUCUGACUAGCCAUUAUCUUCAGCCUCUGAGAGCAACUAAUCAGGAUUAAGAUUAAAUGAGUAUGGCAAGAGAGUUUCAUACUGCAGGUAAGAUAUUAUUUAUUAAUAACCUAUCAACAAGACCUCACUUCAAAGUCCUUCAGCUCCCCUUCAAAGGAAACUGAUGACUUCCACCUGUUGAACCCUUUUAUCUGUCUGCCACAUGCUGAAGGGGAAUUGCAUCAAGUUCAUCAGAGCUUUUCAUAAAGACAUCACUGUGCUACUAAAAAAAAAAAAAAAAUAUAUAUAUAUAUAUAUAUAUAUAAAUAAAGACACAGACAUCCACAGAACAGUCAGUGGAGUUUAUAAAUGGUGAACCUGUGGCUGUGAAGUUGAAAGAACUCUAAGAGAUCCAUCUUCAAGUAGAAACUAAGAUCUACAGUUUAAUCUGCCUCACAUUAGUCAUUUCAUCCAUUAUUAAUCAUUGCAUUGACUGAGGUAGACUUAAAACGAUCCUCCACGUCUUAAAGACUCUUGGUGUGUCUAAGCUCUUUUCACGCACGCAGAGAAUCUGUAUUCAGAACUCGUGAAAGGAUCUUUUAGCUCAUUUCACGAAGCAUCAGAAGAGGCUCCUCAUGGAGCACAAUGGAGGAUCAUUAGCAAAUCUACGGUACAAUCUGGAGCCUGAAAAGCCUCUUUCCGUCAUUACUUAUCGGGUCCUUGGCAGAUGUGUGGGAUGCUGAAGGACUGAUCGAUGCCGAGAUUUGCUGUUUGCGGAAAUAGCUCAAGGAAUAGAUAUUGAGAUUGCUCGUGUGUCUCAGGAAGGAAGCAGUGGAUUUAGUCGUGUUAUCAGGAGUUUAUGUCCUCUGUCACAUAACGGAACAGUCACCUCUCUCAUCAUCUUUAGUCUGGCGCAAGAAUCAUUUUAUCCUUUCUCUUUUUUCCCCCUCCACAAUUCAUAAAAUGUAACAUAAUUCUCUCUUGAAGCUACUUGUGAUACUUGCCAUUCCAACAAGGUUGUUAAUGUACAUCUGCAAAUAACUAUUUUUAAAUGCUUUUGUUGAUAUUUCAGAACUGACUUGGGUCUCCAUGUGCCCUCAAAGCAGAGCACUGAAGAGUAUAAACCACACUUAAUAAAGAUAUUUGAUAUGUUUGA